AUGAGCACCACCAAAACAUCCAGAUUAAAGAAGAUCUUCCUGACCAGGUCCAAGUCUCAGGAGAAGAAAGGCGGGGAGACAUGGGACACUUUGCGCAGCAGAACUUCCCCCAGCGGGGGGAAUCCGGAGCCUCUUUCACCCACCAGCCCGAACAAGAAGAAGAAGGUUCGGAUGUUCGGGUCGCUGCGCCUCAAGAAGAAACCCUCAUCCCUGGAGAUCCCCAGCAGCGAUGACUUCGAUACCACCAGCUACAUGAGCUUUGAUCAGAUGAGUAUUCGGACCGAGGAUUUCUCCAUGGCUGACACGUGGUCCACCUCCCCGUCUGAGGUCACCUCAGUGAUCAGUCUGGACAUCAACACUCCCAUCUCGCCCAGACGACGUCACAGAAAGAACUCUGAGGAGAAGAGCGGAGUGUGGAACCGAGUGACUACGCUGUUUACCAAGAGGCGACGGAGCAGGUCAGGGUCUGAAGGUACGGACGAAAAUACCUCGCCUCAGCCGAGCCCGAGCAAGUGCACAGAUCUGAGGCAGGAGGAGGACGAGUUCGCUUUCUUCUCAGACCGGAGAAGCCCGAGCGUGCAGAGCGUGGCGUCCAUCGUCGCCGAUGGAGGAGACCUGCCCUUCGCCGACAGCGACAGCAGUGGCAGCGUGAGAGCGGCGCCCAUACGCAAGACCGCAGGAGUCAAAGACGAGAAGUCCGGCGAGGAGCUGGUGGUCGAGGCCAGCCGGAAACUCACAGCCUACAUAGAGGAGAUCAGCCAGACCGAUGACGGACCGGACGUCCAGAUCGAAAAGAAGAUUCUCAACACGUGUCCGGAGAUCCCGCUGAGAAACAGCGAGAAGGUUAAAAAGACCGCCCUUAAACCUGUGCUCGGGGGACAGGGGGGUUACAGCACCCUAGCCGGGGUGACCCUCACGCCUCGGACCGAACGAUCCGAAAUCGAAAUCAUGGGGAAGAAAAACGCACACCGGAGGAGACCGCGCAAGCUCAGCAGUGGCUCCCAGGACUCGACGAGCCCAGUCAAAGCGGAGCUGGAGGAGGAGGGAUCCCAGCAGGCCUCACCCUCACCUGUACAGCUCCACAAAGCCGUGUGGGUGGAAACGCACCUGGAGGAGGAAGCCAACCAGAGCGGCUCGUCCACGCAGCUCACGCCUGUCAGACAGAGCCCAGUGCCGGGCAACGGCGACGCUGCCUUUGUACCCGCCGGCGAGUCAGGUUCCGAUUCGUCCCUUACGCACAAAGACCUCCAGGAGACCAAAGAGAAGCGCAGGAGCGUGAAGCUGUCCACCAGCGAGAAGUUCUUCGCCAAGAGAGUCUGGCUGAACUCGCAGUCCAGCUUGGACGGUGACGGACCAGAAGACGCCGCCUCGGGCGCGGCCGCGAUCAGGAAGGCCGACCCCACGCCCCGCACCCAGCAGAAAUCCGAAGUCAUAAUUCUACCAAACCUCAGAGAACUCAGGUUGGAAAUCAAGCCGUCCAACCGGCAGUCACACGACAAAAGCGGUGAUUCAUCGGCGAAGAAGGAAGCUGCCACGGAAAAACAGUCUGAUGAGGGCGUAGAGAAGCCGGCUGAACCUUCUAAAGACGUUACAGACGCAGAAGACGUCAAAGAAAUGUCGGGAUCUAAGCAGCAGGUCAAAGCUGUGGGUUUUGGAACGAGCGCUCGCCAGAUCUCGACUACGCCGUCCAAACGUGUUGGCGCUGGGACAAAUGGGGCUACUGGAAAGGGCCCAGCUCCUCCAGUGGCACCGAAAACAAAAGCUGGCUCGGCUCGGGUUGCAAGUUACGCAGAUGCGGCGAAGGAAGAAAGCGCAAGAAAGACCGUGCAAAACGUCAUCGAGAAAAAGCAAAUUAAAUCGCCCAGCACAAAAGAUCAGCCUAAUGUGUUCACCAAGCCCUGGGACAAGUCAAAAAAUACUAAAAAGACCCCACCUGAGGUGCUGCCCAAACCGAACAAAGCUAGUCUGUCACCUGAUACGCCGGGCUCCUUUCCAAUUCAGACACCUGAGACGGAACAGACAGAGAGAAGUAAACCUAGCUCAGGUAGCACUGUUACAGAAUCCCAGAGCACCUCAUCAUCAGCUGCUCAAAGCGACACAACAUCACCUGUUCAGGAAUUACCUAAAGCUACUCAAAGUCCAGAACCUCGUCAAGCAUCUAAGACUCCGCGUUUGAAAGAGCUAAAGAAAAUGCAGGCGUCAGAAGACGCACCUUCAAAGGAAAAGCAAGACCAGUCCUCAGAAACUGGUUUGGACGUACCUCCAGGAUCAAAUGACUCCAAAGAAGGCGUGAAGAGUCCUACUGAAAAACUUUCAGGACCUAAGAGUAAAUCGCCUACAACCAGAAAGACCCUAAAACUGUCCGAAUCGUUCGAGAAAAGCUCUAAAACUGUCAACAAAACUGAAACCGAAAGCAAGCCAGAGUCGGAGCAGCCGAAAAAGACCAGCGCAAAGGAAACGCCCACGCCCACGGCAGACGCACGAGGCAGUGGACCGAAGAGUCCAAGAAAACACAAAGCAGAGGUCUUAACAACAGGAAGUAAGCUGCCCCGCCUGAUGUCUCCUGGAGCUCCAAAACAGCCCACAGAGGAAGAGUCUGAUCAUGCAGAUUACUCACCAAAGCAAGCCCUGCAAUCCGUUGCCAGGCCGGAGAACGAUGAUUCACUUUCAGCUAACGGUCCCCUUAGUCAGUGGAAAUCUUCUGAACGUGACCAAGCCGCCGGGAAUGCUGUGGUGAAGGGCCCGCCGGAAUCCGAAUUAAAAAGAGCGAGUGAUUUACAGGCGGCCGGUGGCACUGUUCCCUCGCCACAUCUGAAACGCCCGUCUAAACUUAAACCCAGAAGCGAGGCAGAAAAAGUGGAAGUUACGCAGACGGAGGACUCGCAGACUUCUGCUCAAGCGCCGGAGCAGAAGAACGACAAAGCAGAUAAGGUUCAAAGUGUUGAGGCUGCAGCCGACUCGCAAGAUUCGUCUCAAUUGUCUGAGGAGGAAGUUAACAAAGGAAAAGAAGUGAACGCCAGAGGUGCGACCAUUAAACCCACUGCAGAUACCAACACUCCAGCAGAAGUCAAGGACAACAGGGUGGAUACAGAAGUAAAGACCUCGGAGAUGCCUUCAGACCUAAAGGCUUCAUCACAGGCACUUAAACCAGACAUGGACAAGACCAAAGAUGUACAGACGAAGAUUGUGAAGAACAAUGACACUUGUGUAGAUUCAAAAAUGCCACAGAGUAUGGAUAGCCAGACCAUGGAGUCUACAACAAGCGUAAAACAAACUCAAGGAUCUGAACAGGAAAUGAAGAAAGAUAAAAAGUCGACUGUAAAGAGCAGGUCCACAGAGAAGACUCAAGAAUUAAAACUGAAGCCGGUCACAUCUGAAAAGAAAGUUGAAGAAGUUCAGACUGUCAGUAUUACUGCUGUAGAGCCGACAGCAAACCUGAAAACAGAAGAAGCUAAGUGUAAGGUUCAGAGUGUGGAUGUUAAGACCUCAGAACAAGUCGUGGAGCCCUCAAAUCAGGCAUCUAAACAGAAAAUGGACAAACCUGAACAGAUGCCAAAAGAGGACAUUAAGACUACACAAAACGAAGCAGAUUCAAAAGCAUCUGACAAGAAAGCUCUGGUACCUGAGAAGGAGCUGGACAAACCUACCAAACCUUCCAAGAACCAGGAUGCCUCACUUAAAGAAUCAAAACCAAGUACCAAUGAAAGUACUGGAGAACUUUCUGACCAGGCUAAGACCAAACCAGCACUAAAAACUAAUGAAUCUCAACUGGCAAAAGCAAGUGAAGACACUUCAAUGGAUGGUAAGUCUCAAACCAAACCAAGUCCUGUCAGUGAAGAAUCUUCAACAGAUAAAUACCAACCAGCUACUACAAAGAAUGAGGAAUCGUCACAAAAACAAAGAGUCAGUGGGCACAAAAAGACCAAACCUGAGGAAGUGGUUCUACAUGAGAAGACCUCUGAGAAACCAACCAGUCAAGAAGAAAAGAACGCUCUAGUAAAUGGUAUUGUAGAAACCCCACCUGAAACUACUGAUGUCGGUCAUACUGGAGAAGCUGGCAAGAAGGAAGCGACAGUUGACCAGCCAAAGGUAUUAGAGAAGUUGUCAGAUACAAAAGUACCACCUAGCAAAGUGCUACCGUCGGUACCUGAACAGAUUACUCUUAACAAUGGCAGCAACGUUCCUGGCAAACCUAAAGAUACAAAGGAAGUGACCUUGCACGUGGCGAACAAGUCUGAGGUCAUGAAAUCCAUCACCACAGACGAUCUAAAAACAAGUCCAACACCUAAACCCAACCUCACAACGUCUCAGAAUUCACCCAAGUCUGAGAAACUUCCUUCACAGCUGAACAAAUCUCCAAAGACAGCCAAGGACUUCGCCAAGGACUUCAUGCUGGCAUCUAAAAACCUCUCCCAAAGCAAAGAGUCUCCAUCUAGCUGGCUGGAUGUGGAUCAAAGAUUUAAGAAGAAGCAAAAUAAGCCGGAGAGGAAAAAAGACCUCUCGGCGAGCCAGGAGAACCUCCUGGACGCCUCUGAUGAUUCUGAAGACUUCAUCCGCAAAAUCAAGGAACUGUGCGCCCCGUUUUUAUUCCCCCCGAAGAAGCAUGGUCGGUCCAGGAUGGUGACCCCUCCUUUUGCCCUCCCAGCUAUCAAAGAGGACCACUUCGAGAAGACCUUCGAUCCCGAGGAGUUUAAAUUCGGCAUGAGAAAGACCUUGGGGCCGAAGGAUCCGUCUCCGGCCAUGAUGAUCAGGAAAAAUGAAGACACGAGGAACAAACAGGCUCCAAAACGCUCGGGUACUGAAGACAGUAUGAUCUUCAAAGCGCUGUCCACCCGACGAGAAAAAACAGAAGACAAGGUUACUGACACCAAGCAAAGCGCUGAAGAUCAGCCAAGUGCAGAAGGCCCUGGGAAGGUCUCGUCACGCUUGGAAAGAAUGGCCAUCCUGUCAAAUUUAAUGAAACCAAAGAAUAGGGUCAAACCUGACCUGAAGCUUGUUUCAAGCGAAGCAUUAUCGCCCACAGUACCACCAUCUCCAUCACUAUUUCAGGAGCUUCCAACACCCGGAGACAACAGUGCCAUGACGACACCUGAAGUCGCCGUGCCUCCAGGACUUUUAAACGGAAAACUGACAGAAGCAGGUACCUCUGUAGUUGGGUCUGUUGAUGUACCGAAAAGCCCACUAGUUCCUCCUCCUAUGCCCAACUUCUCCGAGAUCAAACUUCCUGAUUUCCUGGAGAUGUUCCUUAAGAAAGAACCCACCACACCUACCACACCUUUUGCCUCCACCCCAGAGCUUCCUAUUCUGCCCCCUUCAGUGGAAAUGGGAACCAUACCUGGCUUAUCAGAUGCAAACGUGGGUCUGAAGGGGUUGCCGGAGCUCCCGAAGCAACCAGUCUUCCAGCCUAAACCAGCACUGCCACAAACCACACUACCCUCGCCUACAUACUCACAGUUCACGCCCAGAGGAUUUCACAAGCGUCCCGGGAAGAUGGUGAUCCACCAGCGGCCGCAGUUCGGAGGCGAGGCGUACGACGUGUUCAGGGACGUGGAGGACGCCACCUCGUUACAGCUCUCGCCCGUCAUCUCUCUGAGAGUCGUCAGAGGAUGCUGGCUGCUGUAUGAGAAGCCGGGAUUCCAGGGGCGCACCAUCGCUCUGGAAGAGGGCCCGAUGGAAGUGGUGAACCAGUGGGCGGAGCCAGAGCCUAACCAGGAGGUGGGGCCCGACGGGAUUCCGAUUCCGACCAAACCCUUGGUGAUCGGUUCCAUCCGACUGGCCGUCAGGGACUACACUGUGCCGAAGAUCGACAUCUUUCCCGAGGCGAACGGGAUGGGCCGCAUGUCCUCGUACUGCGACGACGUCCUCGAGCUGGGAACCUUCGGACGUCCUCAUAGUGCCGGAUCCAUCAGAGUCCACUCCGGGGUCUGGCUGGUGUUCAGUGAUCCAGGGUUUCAGGGCAUGCUGUCUGUCCUGGCGGUAGGAGAGUACCCAUGUCCCGAAUCGUGGGGUUUCCCCGACCCCUUCAUCGGAUCCAUACGACCCCUCAAAAUGGGCAGCAUCAAAGUGGAGAAUCCUCAUGAAGUUCGGGCGCUGCUGUACGAGGAGCCCGGGCUCCGGGGCCCCUGCCUGGAGGUGGACUCGGACGUCCCCCUGAUCGGAGGAGACGAGGAGGAGGACGAGGAACAGACCGAGGGAGGAGAAGAGAACGCCGAGCCCUCCUCACCCGUCCAGAACAAACUGAGAAGCGUCGGCUCUAUGAAGAUCCUCAGCGGCCUCUGGGUGGGGUACACAGAGCCCGGGUUCGAGGCCCGACAGUUCGUUUUGGAGGAGGGCGAGUACCUGGACUCUUCGGACUGGGGAGGAGCGACCGACGUCCUGCGCUCCCUGCGGCCCGUCCGCUCGGAGUUGGUGUCUCCUCACCUGAAGCUGUUCAGUGAGAGGGAUUUCAGCCCGAGGAGCCUGAACGUGGACAUGCUCGUACCCGUCAUGGUCAUGGAGGAGACCGGAUACGGGGCCAAGACCCAGUCUGCGGAGGUUCUGUCUGGAGUGUGGGUUCUGUUCGAGAACCCGGCGUUCUCCGGGGAGGUGUACGUUCUGGAGAAGGGUCUGUACGCGAAUCCGGAGGACUGGGGCGCCAACAACCACAAGAUCUCGUCUAUGCAACCCGUGUUUCUGGAACAGACAGGAGGCCUGCCGCGGUUUAAGGUACUUCUGUUCUCUGAGCCCGACUUCCUGGGGGAGGUUCAGGUAGUGGAGGAGAGUGUGGCGUUCCUGCAGGAAGGGUUCUGUCCUCGCUCCUGUAAGGUCCUCGCUGGAAGCUGGUUGGCGUUUGAAGGCGCUCAGUUUACGGAGAACAUGUAUGUACUAGAAGAGGGCGAGUACUCUACUCCCCAUGCCAUGGGCUUCUCUCACCCCGACUGCUCCAUCCUCUCACUGCACACCGUCGGUCAUGAGUUCUCUCUUCCCUCCAUCACACUCUUCUGUAAGGCGUGUUUCAGAGGGAGGAAGGUGGUUCUGACCGACGGCGUCGUAAACCUGUCGCUGAUCGGGAUCGACGGACAGAUCCAGUCACUGGUGGUGACUGGAGGAAUGUGGGUGAUGUACGAGGGCAGGAACUUCCACGGCCGCCAGCUCCUCCUGCAGCCCGGUGAGAUCGGUGACUGGAGGAAGUUCAGCGGCUGGCAGCAGAUCGGAUCCCUGCGACCUCUGCUGCAGAAGCCGGUGUAUUUCCGCCUGCGCAGUGCUGAGACGGGGUGUGUGAUGUCCCUGUACGGCUCUCUCGAGGACCUCAAGCUGGUGAGGGUUCAGGUCCUGGAGGAGAACGGUGGAGACGAGCAGGUCUGGCUUUACCAGAAUGGACAGCUGCACUGCAAGUUAAUCGAGGAGUGCUGUGUAGAGCCUUCAGGAGGGAUGCUGAUGGUGGGCAGUCGUAUAAACAUCUCCCCCGAGCCCGGACAGGAGAGUCAGUUCUGGAACAUCACGGCCGAGGGCCUCGUCCGCUCCAACCUCCAACCCGACCUGGUUCUGGAGGUCAAAGGUGGGCAGCAGUACGAUAAGAACCUGGUGAUCCUGAACGCGUUCGACGAGAGAAAACCCAACCAGAGGUGGACGGUGGAGAUUCUCUAACAGCAGCGCGGAGCUCGUCCGUACAGCGGUGGGCCGUGUGGCGCAGCUCCACCGGGAGGCCCAGGACUUCUGAGCUGAACUGGUUUUCAGACUCACUAAAGAUGAGUUUUCUUCUCAGACGCACCAGGACUGUCAAGUGUGUGAAGAUGCCCGCGGGUGGCACUCGGACGCUGCGUAUCAGAGACUGAACUGGCGCUUCGGUUGAAGAUUAUGAACUGCGUUUAUGAAAGCAGUGAUCUAUGCAAUUAUACAGUGUUAACACGAGGUGUUGUAAAGAAUUACCCCCCCAUGACCCCCAAAAUUCUUCUCUUUAAAGUGCCUUACUUUGUCUGCCUCACUUUAUCUGCCUCUCAUUAUCCACUUUACUUUAUCUGUCUCUUUAUCUGCCUUACUUUAUCUGCCUCUCAUUAUCCGCUUUACUUUAUCUGCCUUUAUCUGUCUCACUUUAUCUGCCUUUAUCUGUCUCACUUUAUCUGCCUUUAUCUGUCUCACUUUAUCUGUCUAUUUGCCUUACUUUAUCUGCCCCACUUUGUCUUUUUCUGCCUCAAUUUGUCUUUAUCUGCCUCACUGUCUUUUUCUGCCUCACUUCAUCUGCCUUUAUCUGCCUCACUUUAUCUCUUUAUCUUCAGCAGCUGUAACAUAACUGCCGUCGUAUUAAGAAUAAAAUAUUUGACCGUU